AUGGCCACUCCACCUCUUCUACCACCACCGCUUUUGGAACAAGAUACAGAGACUGCAUCCAUGGAGGGGAUGGAAAUUGUUCCAAUAGAAAAAGUUGCAGAUACGAUUAAGGAUGCUCAGGAACUGAAGGACUCCAUUGAGGAAAUAAAGGUGUUGGCAGAGGACCGCCUUAUUGAGCUUCAAGGUGCAAAAGAAGACAAUUUUAUCCUGGCUAAGCAGUUGCAGGAUCUUCAGGCUGAACUGAAGGAUGAUAGAUUUGUGUAUUCAAAUGAUGCUUAUACAAUAUUGAAUGACCAACUUCAUCACUGGAAUAUCAUGACUGAGCGAUACAAAUUGCUAGCAGAUUUAGUUCAGGCUGGCAGGUCUUUCAUUACAUGGAGGGAGAAAGAAUCAGCUGUAAAAGCAGAAUUAGUGGAUGAUGCAAAGAAGGCUAUUAACGAUUACGAGUCAAAGAUUGAAGAACUGGAGCAUCUUUUGCAGAGAUGCAUUACUGAGAAAAAUGAGAUGGAGAUCAUAGCAGAAGAAGCUAUUCAAAAUUCAGGACAAAAGUGCAAUAUGUCAGAGUAUCAGAAAAUCAGCUCUGCUUUAUCAAAGGAAGCAGAAUCGAUGAAAGCUCAGUUGAAUCGGUGGAAAGACACAACUGAAGAAGCCUUUCACUUGUCUGAAGAAGCACAAUCACUCAGCACUUUAUUGGACAGGAAGACUGCUGAACAGAAGGAUUUGGCUGACAAAUGUGCUCGAAAUACUGGACAGAUUAAAUCGUUAGAAGAACUUGUUGAGAAGGUGCGGUGGGAAAAAGAAGAGCUUGAACUUACCUUAGAAAUGUAUAAUAAAGAGGAACUUUAUGAUAAUAGAAAUCUUAAGGAGAUUCAAGAAUCUGAACGAAAAGCUCAGAAAGAAGCUAAAAUUUUGAGAGAUUAUCUAGAAGAUUUUGACCAUGAAAUGGGAGUGAAAGCUGCUAAUGAAUCCGAGGCUGCUUGCCAGCAGAGGCUUUCUGCUGCUGAAGCAGAGAUUGCUCAGCUACAGGCUGAAUUGGAAGCUUCAGAAAGGGAUGUAUUGAAGCUUAGAAAGAAAUUGGAAGUUAAAGAAGUAGAAGCAAAAGCGUAUAUUUCUGAGAUUGAGGUUGUUGGUCAAUCUUAUGAAGACAUACAGGGUCUGAACCAACGUCUCUUGCAGAUGGUGGCUGAAAGAGCUGAACUUAACAUUAAACUGGUCUCUGAGAGUACAAAAACAAAGCAGGAACAAAGCUUAUUACUCUCUACGAGACAGGAAUUAGCAACACAACAUCAACAGUCAAAAGCUUCACUUCAAUCUUUGAAAAUGAGGAUGGCUCACAGUGAAAACCAGAUGAGAGAUUAUGUUCUGGAGGCUUUAAAUUAUAAAGAGGAAGACAGACACCUUGCAGUAUCAGCAGAGACUGUGAAAUUGGAAAUGCUAGAUGCUGAGAAGGAAUUGACAUGGAUGAAAUCUGCUGUUUCUUCCUCUGAGAAGGAAUAUGAACAGAUUCAGCAAGAAAUGGGCAGAGUUAUGACAGAACUAGAAACUGAAAGAACCAAGAAGAAGCAGCUUGAUGAUGAGCUUGUUGAGUUGAAUAAAACUGUAGAGGAGUUGACUUCUCAGAGUGGGGAGGAUGAAAUACAAAAACUCCAGGAUGAAAUCAAUGACUGCAAGGCUACUCUCAAAUGUGGUGUUUGUAUUGAUCGGCAAAAGGAGGUUGUGAUUGCAAAGUGCUAUCACAUGUUCUGUUAUCCAUGCAUCCAAAGGAAUCUAGAGAUGCGCCAUCAAAGAUGCCCUGGUUGUGGAACUACAUUUGGACAGAACGAUGUUAAAUUUGUCAAGUUUUGAAUGAUCACUUCAAAACAACUCUGCUUGGUGAACAUGUUCACCAACAACAUCUACUCCCCUCUUCAACGUUUUCAACUCAUAUCUGUCAAAAACUAAAAAAGAGGACUAUAGUGUUUUUUUCAUUCCUAUUUUACUUUGUUAUACUUGUCCCCUCAAGACUUCUUUUCGGGGAUGUAAACAUUUCUCUGUUUGUGUUUGCAAUAGUUUCAGACUUCUCUAUAAAUUUUGUUUUGAAGUCUGAGUGUGCUGCCUAGUGUGACUGAGUGUG